CACAAAAGAAUGUUACUCAAAGGCCUAUCAGUUUCAAUUGCCGAGACUUGAAAUUUUUCGGUCCUUGCUCAAGCAGAUCAACCUUUAUGUAAUGCGCUGAUGGCUAGUGAUCAUGAUGAUGUUAAACAAGGCUUACUUUCUGAAAAGAAAGAACCUGCUCAACUCAAUAACGAAACGAACGAGGUCCAGAGAAGAAGAAAUCGCCAAUAUGGUAGCACUCCAUGUCCAUCAUUUAAGAACCGCCUAGAACAAAAUGAAGCGGGAUCUCAAUGUCCUGCAGAUUGUGAGUCAAUCUAUGUGAAACCACAAUUUAGUUUAAAGCAAGUAAUCUUGAUGUUGGUGGCAUACAUUGGUGGAGGCACCUUCUGUUUUUUCCUGAUGAGGCAUCAGAUAAGAGGUAAAAAAACGAAUGCGAUUCUGGAUUCCAUGUACUUGUGUGUAGUCACAAUGAGCACCGUUGGAUACGGGGACCUUGUACCCAAUAGCAUGUUGGCAAAGCUAGUUGCAUGCUUUUAUGUGUUCACAGGCAUGGCUCUUGUUGGCUUAAUUCUUGGCAAGGCAGCAGAUUACAUUGUAGAGAAGCAGGAAAUCCUUUUGGUUAGAGCCAUACACUUCCGGGAUAAAAUUGGGCCACCAGAGCUUCUUAAGGAGGUUGAGACUGAGAAAGUCAAGUUCAAAUGUGUUACGGUUGGAAUCCUUCUUUUGCUGCUUGUUAUAGUAGGAACUGUCUUCUUAUGUCUAGUUGAGAAUCUGGAAGUUAUGGAUGCUUUCUAUUGCGUUUGUUCCACCAUUACUACUCUAGGCUAUGGCGAUGAGAGCUUCUCAACUGGAGGAGGUCGAAUUUUCGCUGUUUUUUGGAUACUGAGCAGUACCAUUUGCUUAGCACAAUUCUUUCUCUACCUUGCUGAACUAUACACUGAAAGAAGGCAAAGAUCACUUGUGAAGUGGGUUCUUACUCGGAGAUUGACACUCUCGGAUCUUGAGGAUGCAGAUCUUGAUCAUGAUAAAGUCGUUGGGUAUGAAUAUAAUGCUCUGUUAUUUGUAAAUGAGAUGUAUCAAUUCUCACGUGGCUUAACGUGUUGGAUUUUCUGUAUCAGUGCUGCAGAGUUUAUCGUAUAUAAGCUAAAGGAGAUGGGGAAGAUCUGCCAGGAAGAUAUUUCACUGGUGAUGGAAACCUUCAAGAAACUUGACAUUGAUCAUUCAGGAACUUUGACAGCAUCUGAUCUAGCACCAUCUCAUUCUCAACCAACUUUUGCGUACACAACUUAACGUUUGCACCAUCACCUCGGAUAUUGUUACAGUAAAUUGUUAACGUAUUCAUUUGAGUUGCAUUUGAACAAUACAUAUGCAACUUGUAAAUUCUUAGUUGGUCUUCUUUUUAUUCCUUUUUCCUACUAUGCAAUUCAAUUACU